AUGUCCAAUGUCGAUUUGUCCAGUGAUGGCCUGAUAGGCGUCGAUUACGACUCCAGAGGCUAUCUACAGCAUCAGUCAUGGCCCGUGGUAGAUCAAGCGCCCCCACGGUCAGAUGAAGCCCAUGGUCUCUCCCCGUUACAAACCAGCGGUCACCCCCUGGAACAGUCGGUGACCCAAGAUCCAAACCUCAUGGUCGACUGGCACUUUCAACCGCUUCAUACUCCUCACCACCACCUGCCAUAUUCAUCCGAAGACCCGUCCGCCGCGCCCCAGUAUACGACCAGUUAUGGCAUGUCAAUGCAGUCCUCACCCGUCGAUCUCAUGUCUGGCCAGGGCCAGAUGAACGCUGGCUUAUUGGAUAGUCCAUUCCUGCCCAUGUCCGCACCGGUCGAUAUGGUGCCAUUCACCUAUCACGACUUCCAAUCAGAUCUGAUGACGUUCCCUAACGGACUUCCGAACGGACUCCCCACCAGCCUUUCGGAUCUCUCUUAUGCCCCGCACCCGGUGCUGGAGAGCAGUUCCCCCACUGAUACUUAUUUGGAGGUCCGUUCCUUAUCCAGCAGUGACAACGGCUGGAGUACUAUCGACCACCGCCGCUCUCUCGAUUUUGGUUAUCCCGAACAAGGUGCUUUUGUCAAUCCCACCCAGACUUUGCACGACCGUAGUCUGUCCGAGUCCUCAUAUUCCACCUCAUACGGCAGUUUUGUGGAUAUCACGAAUCCGAUCGGCUCUCCUGGUUCAGAACCCAACAUGGACUUGCCGUGCUAUACUCACAGUCAUAGCCACGGCUAUAGCCACAGUCACAGUCACAGCCAUAGCAGCUCCAUUGGCAUCCACGGUACCUCCCCAACAAGCAGUGCAAUCGUCCGUCGGAACCCGUCUUCGCAAGGCUCUCGCUCCCCGUCCGCUGUCAGCCCCGUCGGAAUGGUGCGGCCGAUCCCGGUUCCGAUCAAAAAGUCGACAUCCCCUGCUCGAUCUGCUGGGUCCCAGGCCUCAUCCGCUUCACCGCCAAGCCGCAAGCCGUCCCGUAGGAGCCCCAUUGCCGCCAAGACCGCGGAAACCAAGGUUCGCAAGCAAUCUCAGACCGGAAAGCCCGAGACCACCGAGAAGCGUGUUGGCAAGCGAAAGGGCCCCCUCAAGCCCGACCAACGUAAACAGGCAAGUGAGAUACGGAAAUUGCGCGCCUGUCUGCGCUGCAAGUUCCUCAAGAAGACGUGUGAUAAGGGCGAGCCUUGCGCAGGAUGCCAACCGUCACACGCACGGUUAUGGCAGGUGCCAUGUACUCGCAUUGAUAUCAAGGAGAUUGGCUAUUUCAUGAAGGAUUGGAAAGCGGAUUACGAGCGUCACAUCACCAUGGGUUUCUCGGUCGGCAACAUCACCGGAUUCUCCGACCAGGAACGUACUCUGUUCAUCACCCACGGUUACGGACAGAUUUUGCCCAUCAACGCCCGUGAGGUCUAUGUUCGUGACGAGCAGUGCUUCACUGUGGACUGGAUCGAGUCGAUGCAGCGUGAUCCUACACAAUACGAGGUCGAGACUGCCAAACUCUCCGCUGGUAUGGAGGGCAUUUCGCACGCCAUGUUGUCGGACUACCUGGACCGCCACAUCGAUGGCAAUGGCACCUUUGAGAAGUUUGUUGACGAUUACUUCGAGGGUACCCCCUUCCUGACGCAGAUGCUGAAGACGGCGUUCCGGUUCUACUUCCGCACCAAAAUGCCCGUCAUCCGCAAGGCGCUCAAGCUGGUUGUGGCUUACAACCUCACUAUGCAUGUUACGAUGGUCGAGGGCAUCGGCGAGGAGGAGGGCUUCCUGGGUAAGAUUGAGAAUAUGGGCUCCAAGUUUUCCGGCAAGACCAUGGCCCCUGUCAUGAUCAACUUCCAGAUCAAGUGUGCCAUGGCUAGCAUGUGGCGUGAGCUGCAGAAGGAUGUGCUCGAGGAGCUGUCUGCACUCUACUCGAGCGUGUACAGCGGCGACAAGCUGAAGAACUGGCCGACAAUCUUCAUCCUGGCUUCCAUUUUGCUGGCUGUGUGGGAGGAGAUGCAGUUCGACAGCCACUACCGGACUCCGGACCAGGCCGCCGUCGACAAGUUCUGCACCGACAUGGAGACCACCCCGGUGGGUGUCAUCGUUGGACUGUUCCAGGCCAUCUCGCAGAAGCUACCCCCCUUCACCGAGUGGGACUCACAAAAGCACCACCACCUUCUGUACUCCAACCCGGAUGUCUGCAACACCAUGACCGAAGUCCGUCAACAUGUUGAGCAACAUGAGAGCUACCUCCGCAGCCGUUCCAACUCCAAAUUCAACCGUGGCGAUUUCGACUGCCUCUCCAAUAAAUUUGUGUCGCGACUGGUCAUUCGCGCCAACUAA